CGCGGAAGAUGGCGAGCCCGGCGCCCGCGCAGCACGCCGAGGAAGGAUGCCCGGCUCGGGCUGCCGGCGAGCAGCAGCCACCGCCCCGGGCCCCCUCCGAGGAGCCGGAGGAAGCGCAGGAGGACGGGGCGGCGGCGGCCGUGGCGGUGGAGCGGCAGGUGGAGGAGGCCGCCGGCGGGGUGGCCAUCGCUGUGACCUGGCUGCUGGGGGAGCCGGUGCUGUGGCUGGGCUGCCGCGCCGACGAGCUCCUGAGCUGGAAGAGGCCUCUGCGCACCUUGCUGAGCUUCGUCGGGGCCAACCUGAUGUUCUGGUUCCUCGCAUUGACUCCAUGGAGAGUGUAUCACCUGAUUGCCGUCAUGAUACUUGGGCGUGUUAUUAUGCAAAUAAUAAAGGAUAUGGUUUUGUCUAGAAAGAGAGGUGCACAGCUGUGGAGAAGCCUCAGCGAAAGUUGGGAAGUUAUAAAUUCCAAGCCAGAUGAAAGACCCAGACUCAGCCACUGCAUUGCAGAAUCAUGGAUGAAUUUCAGCAUAUUUCUUCAAGAAAUGUCUCUUUUCAAACAGCAGAGCCCUGGCAAGUUUUGUCUCCUGGUCUGCAGUGUGUGCACGUUUUUUAUGAUCUUAGGAAGUUACAUUCCUGGGGUUAUACUCAGCUAUCUACUCUUACUGUGUGCAUUUUUGUGUCCACUGUUUAAGUGUAAUGAUAUGGGACAAAAACUGUACAGCAAAAUCAAGUCAGUUCUGCUGAAACUAGAUUUUGGAAUUGGAGAAUAUAUUAACCAGAAAAAACGUGAGAGAUCUGAAGCAGACAAAGAAAAAAGUCACAAAGAUGACAGUGAAUUAGAGUUUUCAGCUCUUUGUCCUAAGAUUAGCCUCACGGUGGCUGCCAAAGAGUUGUCUGUGUCCGACACAGACGUAUCCGAGGUCUCCUGGACUGACAAUGGGACCUUCAACCUUUCAGAAGGAUACACUCCACAGACAGACACUUCUGACGAUCUUGACAGACCUAAUGAGGAAGUUUUCUCUCGAGGCCUUUCAGAUUUUCCAUCUCUAGAAAAUGGCAUGGGAACAAACGAUGAAGAUGAAUUAAGCCUUGGCUUGCCCACUGAGCUCAAGAGAAAAAAGGAACAGUUGGACAGUGGUCCCAGACCCAGCAAAGAUAGGCCAUCACCUGCGGGUCUCACUCUUCCUCUGAGCAGUGACCAAACCUCUCAGUUGAUGAGCAACCUGGCUGGGGAUGUCAUCACAGCUGCAGUGACUGCUGCUAUCAAAGACCAGCUAGAGGGUGUGCAGCAAGCCCUUGUUCAGGCUGCACCCAGCCCGGGAGAGGAAACAGACACCGAAGAAGGUGAUGACUUUGAACUCCUUGACCAAUCAGAGCUCGAUCAAAUUGAGAGUGAAUUGGGACUUUCACAAGACCAGGAAGCAGAGGCACAGCAAAGUAAGAAGUCUUCCGGCUUCCUUUCAAAUCUACUCGGAGGCCAUUAACCUGGGAAUCAGCUUUACAACAGAGCACAGAUAAACUACCAAAAAUUUCAAAUAAGCAAAAAAAAAAAAAAAA